AUGGCCCCCGCGACGCGUCUUCCUCAUAUCCCUUCCGUUGGCAUUGUCGCCCCGGCGUCAGACAUAUGCCAAAAAGCUUUUGACUUUUGUAAAGCAAAUUGCGACACAGAUAUCCUCAAUCACGCGGUUCGUGCGGCCUACUGGUCGCUCAUUAUCUCGCAGAAGCAGCCAAACUUCAAAGGUGCAGAAAUUGAUAUGGAAGCCGUUGUCCUGAGCUGCAUACUGCACGACAUGGGAUGGUCGGAGAUCCCAGAACACCGCUCUGAAGACAAAAGAUUUGAAGCAGAUGGAGCCAAUGUUGCCCGCGACUUUAUCAGAAAUCAGGAUGGUGGUACAGAAGGGUCAUGGACCGAAGCCAGAAUCCAGCGAUCUUGGGACGCAUUUGCAUUGCACGCGACACCAUCCAUCGCACGACAUGCUGCGAAAGAAGUUACACUGGUGCAGAUGGGUGUGCUAACGGACUUCUUCGGGCCGAGGACUCAUGAAGUGGCCGGCGGUCCAGAAGAUUUGAUCACUGUGGAUGACUAUCAUGCCGUGAUGCGGGUGUUUCCCAGGGCUGGGUUUGAAGGACAAAGCCUGAGGAAAAUACUGCGUCAUCUUUGCCGUACGAAGGCCGACACCACGUUUGAUAAGUGGGUGGGUGAUUUUAGGCUUACCUAUGGGACGGAUGGAGAAGGGGCGAACCUGGAAGGGUAUAAGCAGGGGUGGGAGAAGGCACGGUCGGCCUCGAUGUUGACGAGCGCCUUGAAGUCCUUAGUGGCCCUCGAUAAGCAAGCCUAG